UCUAACACACAUAUAUAAAGAUAGUGAUUAUCAGUUGCUAGAUACGCGCAUUUAAUUUUCUGCAUUCGUAUUAAGGCCGUUUACUCGGUGAACUUAACUGAACAUUGAUCAGUUGUAUAUUAUUGUAUCGGAAUUGUUCAUGUUUAAAUUGGUAAUAGCCUUAUAUGUGUGCAUUGUUACCGGGAAGUAAAAAUAAACAAGUUGGACAAAAUGGCUAAUGGAGGAAAUGAAUCGGAUGAAAUAAUAAACUUUAAAUGUUGUAUAUGUGCAAAGAAAAAUAUAAGAAGAGAGGCAGAAAUAUACUGUGUGGAAUGUCAGGAUUAUUUCUGUAUACCAUGCGCAGACUUUCAUAAGCUGUUUCCCUCUGCAGUUGGUGUGCAUCAGUUCCUUGACAAGUCGAAUUUCAGUACAGAUAGUGCACAGACAAUGUUGCCAAGUUGCCCAACAGAAAGAUGUACCGUUCACAACACUAAGCUGCUGGACAUGUAUUGUGCAGACCAUGAUGAAAUUGUGUGUGUGACUUGUAUAGCUUUAAAUCACAGAACGUGCAAAACUAUAAACUCUGUUCCUGACGAAAUAGACAGUUUAUAUGAGAAGUCAACUGCUGAUGAAAUAAAGGGACAACUACUCGCAGAGAAGGCUAAUAUGGAAGACAUAAAGAAGGCAAAAGAACAUCUUGUCAUCGAACUUGAUCAAUACAAAGAGAAAGCAUCGGAGUCAAUUAGGAAUUUCCGAAAAGAAAUGGAAGCUGUGCUAGACACACUUGAGACCGAGUCUAUCAGAAACUUGGAAGAAGUAUACAGGAAAAUGAGAGAAAACAUAGAAAACGAUAUCAAAGUUGCACAGGAGACCAUAGAUAAACUAGGACUCUCGGCGGAAAAUGUUAGCAAAUCCUUUGGAAAUAAAGCACAAGAAUUUGUCUCUGUUAAAAUGGCAAAGAAACGUAUUUUUGAAACAACAAAAUCAAAAAGAGUUCUGAGAAAAGCUUUGGAUGUUAAAAUCUUAUUUACUGCCUAUUCAAAAAUUACAGCUUUUCUGAAUGAGGUGAAAUCAUUAGGAAUGGUCUCUGCAGGGUUAAAAACUACAUUGUAUCAAGUGCAAAGCAAGUAUGAAGAAAAUAUCAGAUAUGCAAAUGAUAGGAAUUGUUAUAUUCAAGGCUCAUGUUUCACAGCGGAUGGUUUAUUACUACUAGCUGACUCAAACAACAAAAGCCUGAAACGUUUAGAUCUUUCUUCAAAAUCUGUCAAGGAUCAACUAGUCCUGGGAGCUUCACCUCAGGCUAUCUGUCAAACUGGUAAAGAUGAAAUUGCUGUAAACCUUCAAAACAAAUCUAUUCAAUUCGUAUCACUCGGAAACAAGAUGGCAACAACGAAACAACUAAAGCUAGAUCAUAAUUGCUGGGGUCUUGCCUACAAGGAUAGUAAACUGUAUGUCUCUGACGGCUGUACCUCUCUCUAUAUUCAUGACAUGAAUGGCUCUGUGCUACACAAAAUCACAACCGACCGACAAGGAAAUGCCAUUUUUAAUGCAAACCGACAUAUCAGUCUCAGCAGUUACGGAGAUAGGAUAUAUGUAGCUGAUCGCAACAUAGGUGUGAUAAUCCUUGAUUUGCAGGGGAAUUAUGAAUCAACAUGUAAUGAUCCUGAUUUAGUUCCACUAGAGGGAGUUUGUACCGAUGGUAGAGGAAAUAUUUUCACUUGUGGCUGGGAACAGUCCAAUAUUUUCCAAAUGAAUGAAAAGACAAUGAAGAAGCUGGGGUUGAUUGGGAAAGUUAAAGACAGUCAGACAGUUUCUUUUGAUCCAGAGCAACAACAACUAGUUGUUACAAUGUGUAGCAGAGAUACUGUAGACAUAUACGAACUACAGUAAAUGUUUUUGUUUUUCCAAUCAUUCGACUACGGGAUAAAAGGACUGAUAACAUUACAUUCUUCUUUUCAAAUGUUAUUAAGUAUAUAUUUCUUCACACAAACGACUUGUUAGUAGAAUCAUGUCAAGUGAUAAAUGAUAUAACCAUUUCAUGCAAUCAAUUAUAUAAUACGCUGAAUGUAUGGUCUGGUCAAUUCAGACUACAAAGUUAAUCCUUUGUUACAUAUGUCGCAUGCGUUAUCUGUUGUUGUUGUUGUUUUGUUUUUUCAUAUAAUGUCACUACAGAAGGAACUGAUACAUUCUAUUUACUUGAUGUAAACUUUGUAAUCGCAUUUCAACAAUAAAAAUAUUUUUUUUACAGA